UAUUUAUAGAUUAUUCUGUGUUUAUUUCUCUAUAAUAAAAUGGUUUCCAAUAUACUAUCAAUUUAUGAUUUACUCCUGAAUUUAGUAUUCAUUUUGUUGAUCACAUUAAUUGUCGCUUUCAUUACAUAUCUAUACAAUGAGUACAAAGUUAGACAACUUCUGCCACCCGGACCUCUAGGCAUACCACUCAUGGGAUACCAACCAUUCUUCGGCAAAGAUUUACAUAAAGUGGUCACAAAAUUGGGUGAAAAAUACGGCUCUGUAUUCACUAUACAAAUGGGAUUCAAAAAUAUUGUCGUCCUUAACGACUGGGAGGCUAUUAAGGAGGGCUUACAUAACGACGCCUUAUUAGGUCGACCCAAGACCGUGUUAUUUACUGUCGGAAAUACAAACUCGAGUGCAAGUAGUCCGCACAACUGGCAGGACACUCGCAGAUUUUCAUUGCAAGUGCUCCGAGACUUAGGCUUCGGAAAGGGCUCUAUGGAGAACAGGAUCACCGAUGAGAUCCGUAUUCUUAUCAAACAUGUCGAUGAGGCUAAUGGCCGGCGCUUUAAUAUCCACAAAUGCCUGACGCCCAGUAUAUCCAACAAUAUCUGUCACCUGGUGUUUGGUCACCGGUUCGACUACAACGACCCCAAACGCGUGGCUUUUGACCUGAUGUUGGAAACCAUUAGCAAGAAGUCCAUAAUAACUACAGCCUUCUUAUCAGCGGCUCCCCUAUGGUUAACAAAACGCAUGUAUAGUACCGGUGCUAUCAAUAGUAGGAAGGUGUUCGAGACUGUCGCCGGAGUUAUUAGGUCGGAGAUUUCAUCGCAUAAAAAGUCAAUGAAUCCUAACAACAAAUUCCGCGAUUAUAUCGACGGAUACUUAGCGGAGAUGGAAGUGAGACAACGAAAGGAUCCCAACACUCACUUCACUCCCCAAAAAUUGGCAGAAAUGGUGCGAAUACUGUUCGGCGCCGGGAGUAAUGCUGUUCAGGACUCCAUUGAAUGGCUGUUAUUACUGUGCGUCAGAUACAGCGAACACCAGAAGAGGAUUCACGAAGAGAUCGAUUCUGUGGUCGGAAGAGAUCGGAGUCCCUGUUAUGCCGACAGACUUCAUAUGCCGUUCACUCAGGCGUUCAUUAACGAGUCGUUUCGAUACAAAACUAAAUUGCCGUUCAAUUUUAUGCGAUGGUAAUCAUAGAUGUAUUUUUUUACUUAUUUUAUAUCGGGUGUCCCAUCGUAUCAGUAA